GUCACAUCAGUUUUACCUUUGACUUAAAGUAUUAAAAUAAAAAAUGGCUUUCGUCCGUCUGAUAGCCAUCGCUCAUAAUCUCAAUAACCACAGAAACACUCUCGUCAAAGAGAAAGAAGAAUCCAUCCAGUACCAACAAACAGGAAAGAAAAAAUUCAAAUUCCAAUGGAUAGCUGUGAAAUUUCGGGCCAAAUGCAAACGGUUCAAACGAAGAAUCUUCUACUGUUGGUGUUGCAAGACAUUCUGUUUCAAUCUGCAGCACUCCGGUAGCGUAGAAAAUUACGUUUUGAAGAGCCUGUUGGGGUUUUUGGGAGGGUUAAUAUUGACUUACAUAUUUUUUAUGAUUUUCGUUUUUCAACUUAACGUUAAGAUUUCGAUAGCUACGGUUAUUUGUGCCAUGCUGGGAUGUGUUUUAGUCAAUGGGCUAGCUUUCAGUUCAAAAAUUAGAUGUAUUGUUUUCCUAACGCUGCCUCACUUCUUCAGCAAGAAAGGUCGGGAGCUGCUUGUCGCUUACGCCAUUUCCUUAGUUUUGUCAGGACCGGCCCAAAAUAUUUUGAACAAUCUCGGCAUUCUAAGCGAAUCAUUAGCGUGUGGACAGGAGCAAUUGAAGUCCGUUUUAAGACAAAUUUUCGAAGUGAUCAAAAAACCAUUUUACGCCAUUAAAGAUGCCAUCAAAAAAGUAAUAGCCACCGUUAAAGUGGUUAUUAAGAAAAUUAAAGAGAUUUUAAUUAAAAUAAAGAGAAUCAUAAUGGCUAUUGUAAGAGUUAUCAAAGCGGCAUUUAUGUUCCUGGCGAAGAUCAUUAACAUUUGUAACAAAGAACUGGGCACUCCGUUUGAAAGAUGCGGUAGAGUAUUCGAUAACGCCAUAGCCGAUUGCAACGCCAAAUUGGGUGCCAUGUUUAGUUGGAUGUGUUCAAUAACCUACAUCAUCAAGUCGGUGUGUUAUAUCGUCAAAAUCUUCGACUUCGUCUGUUUGAUCGUCGAUUUUAUCAGCAACUCUAUAAUAGGAGUCGUUAUGAGAAAAAUAAAAGGUUUCAUUCGUCAUAUUCGUACGAUGUUUUACGUCAGGAUAAAAUUCUCACAUUCCUUUCAUUACGAAAGUAAGGCAGACAAAAGUAUAUCGGAAAUCGCUAAGGAUAUACAGAAUGAAGUGAAGCAAAGGAUAAAAGCUGCUACAGCAAUAUUUCAACUUGCUUUCGUAGCUGCAGGAAUGUUCAUUAUUCUCUUGGUUUGCAAGGUCCUUAUCUACAGAUACAGGUUCCUAACCAACGAUGGAUUUGACAAUAAAUACGUUACUGAAGACUUUUUUCAACUGGACAUGCGCAGAGCCAAACACAAUAGAGAGACGGUCCUCCCUCUAAACAAGAAAGAGGAGAAACUUUACGUGAAACUCAAGUCUACCAAAUUGACGGACGUGGAGAGCAAGCAGUUAAGAAAAGCCAUCAUGAACUUGCUUACAGUAACAAUAAAGGCCGCUAUAUUCAUGGCUUAUGAUUAUGCUUUGUGUUGGAUCAUGGAAAUGAUCAAAUAUUAUGGAAGAUUUCAGUCCAAGGUCCAAGCACCCAAUAUUCCACUUCCACACAUAAGCGGGAAAGGUAUGCUGGCAGAUCUUUUGGGUAGCAUCGUUAAAGCAUUUCAGCCUAUGGGGUUAACUCUCGAAAUAGACACCGUCCCAUGUUUACCUACGCCUAUACCACCGGAUUACGAUAGAUACCUUCAAAUUCUAACUUUACUGAUUCUCUGUUGGGUAAUGACGAUUUUGGAACCCUACGGACUGAGAUUUAGAAUCUACAUCCUUACUUAUUAUCAUCCAGUGAGAGGGAAGCAAAGAGCCAUUUGGUUGUACAAUAAAAUUCUAAGGAAAAGAACGUCGUUUUUGAAAUUCGCUAGGAGACAACUGAGAAGAAAAUUUUUCGGUGGCAAAGACAUCGAAAAGGUCACUUGUAAAGAGUUUCUGUCAGCUCAUUUUGGAAUAUUCGCCUUCUGUUUGGACCAAUCACAAACAGCUUGUCUUCUGUGCGGGAAAGUCUUCCGGGAAACUGAUUCGGAAAAACCGAUAAGAUGCGCGACACCUGGUUGCGCAGGCACCUACUGCGAUGAAUGUUUUGCGGAUUUAAGAAACCUCUGCACCGUCUGUCUGGCCCCUAUCGAAUAUGGGGAUUACUCCGAUUUGAGCGAAGAAAAGGAUUCCUCAGAAGAAGACUUGCCAAAAUUAUCGAAAAAGAAAAAACGAAAAUGUCCAUGGAAGGACUUCCUAUCGAAAUAUUGCAAAAAGAAAUCUCGGAAACGCCUUUCAGAUGAAGAAAUUCCUUUAGUGCCUAUACCGAGAACUUCGAAACGUACUUUGAUAGAAGUAACAGGCGAGGAAAAAGACGUAGAUGAAAUAGAAAAUGAUGAGGAAAGUAUUAUAAAGGAGCCGAAAUAUGAAACAGAAGAUGAAGAUAUAGAGGUGUUGGAUGAAGGAAUUGAAAGUGGUGGAAUAGACGAUUUAGGCAACGCAUCGUCAGCAUCUACAGAUUAUUCCUUUUCUUAUCAAUACAAUAAGCUGGAAUCUAGUCCUGAUAUUCCCGAAACGUCCAGAAAAGACGUCGAAAAGCAGGAAAUCAGAGACUAUGCUAGUAUGGAGAAUUUUAGGUAUGCAGAGGUUGAUGAUAAUGACGCACUCAUUAUAUACGAAAAGGCUAAACAUACGGAUGAAAAUUUAUUUAAAAAAGAGGAAUCUUCUCAAACUCCUACGGACAGGAAACAUAGUAAACAAAAUUCUACAGUAGUGAGAUGUCCGUAUCAUCCGGAAGUUGGUCUUACAGAUGGUAAACAAAGUAAACAGACUUCUACAAUUAGUUUAAUAGAGUGUCCAUGUCAGCUUGAAGACGAGAAAAAAAUUGAUACAGGAACCGUGAUUUCAGGAGAAAACUUAAAAUCAGAAAGAGAAAGCAAGCACAUCGAUUUCGUCGGCCUAAGCGGAUUGGAAAGCGAAAAGUUCAAAAGAAAAGCUAAGAGAAAACGCAAGAAAACUACAGUGCUGUGCAGUUGUUCAGAUUCAAACGAAGAAGGUAUAGAAUUUUGGGAAAAAACAUCAAUGGUUGCGGUACCGAAAAAAAGCACCACUUCUACUAACACUAGAAAAGAUAAGAGAGAUCGUUGGCAAGGCAGCUACAAAUGCAAAAAACCGUCUUCAUACAAGAGCUCUAUCGCCGAAGAAGAGAAUACCUCUAAUUCCGAAGAGUAUUCUUCAUCAAGUGAACUGCGUUCAUUGCUAGAUGCAAAAGUUAAAUCGGAUGAUAAUAAAAAAGACACUGAAAUGCGAGGCGAAACGAGCGGUACAAGUGGUAGAAAGGAAGAGAAAGAAAAAAAAGUUAAAACAGACAAACCAUCCAAAUUUAUUAUGUUCUUCAAAAGAGUUAUUCCAAAGUAUAAGAUUCAGCACGAAAAAUGACGUUAAAUGUGUUUCAAAUAUUUUUAAGUUAAGAAAAUAAUAUACUUAUCUGAACAUUAUUAUAAUGAAUUUUGUAUUGUUAAAUAUUUUUUCUAA